GUCUUCACGAGAUCGUACUUUGGGCUAUGCGCAAUUAAUCUUGUUUUUGUUUAUGUACAUGAGAUGAAAUCAAACUGUUGUUUCUAGUACGAUUUACUGAAAAUCGAACAGAAAAUAGCUCGUUGCUGUAGGGACUUCAUGAAGAAGGACUUGUUCUAACAGGAACUACAUUGCACAAGGUUUCAGAAGAAAUAUAUUAUGAUUACAAGUUAUCUCAUAAGAAUACUUUACCAUGGGUAAAUAAACGCUUCAACAAAAUGUCUGAAAAAAGUACACAGAAAUCGAUACCAAAUGAUGAGGUCAGAUCUUCAAAGGCAGCAGAAAAAGAAGAAGUAAGGGCAAAAGACUCCAAUUCUGCUUCUAUUCAAGCAGAUGAUUCUAUAAAGUCCGAAAAAGGAGAGGAUUCUGCUUUCCUUAACCAAAGGCAAGGGUUUCUUGGAUCACUUGAAGAGAACUGCACAUCACGGAACAAAAAUCUGGAAGCCGCACUACAAGAAAUGAAACAGAGCCUACGAGAAGAGUUUGAUUGUAUUGUUCAAGAAUCAUUACAGAAUAUAAAGGAGGAAAUUAAUGAAAUGUUCAAAAAAGAGAGGAAAAAGAUUCAGAAAACAAUACAAACUGCUUUACAGGAGGAAAAGGGUCGUAUAAUUGACCUUGUACAGCUUGUCCAGGACGCUGUAUCAGAAGAUAGACAACAAAGUGUACAACGACAAUCAGAACUACCGGGAGAAAAACCCGGACAUAUGAGUCAAAUGAUGUACCCAAAUGUUGCAAGUUAUUUUUCACCCACCAUGCCCCAAGCACAGCCAGCUUAUUAUGUGUCUAACAGUAUGCCAAGAUUGAAUUUAACCAUUCCAAGAACAGUUCCUAUGCCUGAAAACGAGAUAACAAAGACACGUUCUAGUGUAGAAUAUCAUUCCAUCAAUAGUCAAUCAGGAACAUCAGCCAAUCAGCAAAACAGGUUUAUCAGCCAACAGAUGCCUGGACAAUCACAAACUUACCAAUCUUGUGUAUCAGUUAAGCCCCAGGCAUCACAUGCUGCAAUUUACAAAGACAAACAACCACUUACUGCCACCAUGUUGGCAACAAUGCCGCCCCAGGAACAAAAACAGGCGUUGGGAGAAUGUCUGUACCCUCUCAUAUCUCAUAUGUUCCCAGACGUGGCCGGCAAGCUUACAGGCAUGUUACUGGAGAUCGACAACUCCGAGCUGUUAUACAUGUUGGAAUCUCAAGAGUCACUGGAAGCUAAGGUCAAAGAAGCUGUUGCGGUGUUACAAAGUCACAGUGUUAAAGCAUCCACCACCCAUGUCUAGAGUGCAAUUGAUAUUUAGCAUUGAAAAAAACGAUGGUUGAUAUAGAACUGUAUUUUUUCUACUGGGUUUUCCACAACCGGCCCAUGAGAUGGAUAGAUCACCGAUGGAUUAAGC